UCACCCGCCCGCGCGCCGCUGCCGCCGCCAUGGGCAAGAACCGCGGCGGGGCCGCCAAGGCCGGCAGCGUGUUCCGCAUCGCCCGCAGCGGCGUCCUCAAGGCCAAGGCCAAGGGCAAGGCGCGGCCCGUCACCUCCGGGCUGAAGCAGAUAAACAUUAAAAAUGCUGAAAAAGUUAGCACAAUAAAUAAAGCAUUUGCUGAAGUUCAGAAAGAAAUCCGGCAGCUAUCAAAAGGUACCACAGCAGAACCUCAGAAUACUCAGCAGGUUUCCACAAAUCUGGAAGAGGAGCCAGCAAACGUGGAUGCUGCCACAAACCUGUUAUCUCAGUUGUAAUGCAAAAUGGACAAUGAAG